UGUUUAUUUACUCUAUUAGUGAACGUUUGUGUUUUGUUUAGCAUUUUGACAGCUCACCUUCGAUUGUUUUGCUUUUGUUUUUGUGCUUUAAGUGACUAUGAUCGAAAUUUACGGAGAUAUCAGUUGAUUUUAAGUAUCUUAUGUUGGUGGCAAUGGCAACUGUAACCACUGGGAUACUCUCACCAAACUCUUAUGGGCUUAACUCUGACUCGGUCACCCUGAAAAUGUCGCCGGAAAACGUGGAAACCUACCACCGCUACGAGAGCACGGAAAACUACGCUCAGGAAAACUCAAGCGACUCGGAUCAGGACGGCUACGGGGCCGCUGCGAAAAGCGAAACUCCCAAGAGAAACAAGCGCAAAAAUUUCAAACCGAGGUGCUCGAACACUGGCUACUCUGAGAAUGAAGGUGCAUUAAGCAUGAACGAAAAUAACAACGUCAAUAAUAACGUUGGUAGAAGGAAAACUCAACCGACUAGAUUGGUGGUGGAUACGAGGUUUUCUCCUAUGGAUUUGAGCAAAAAUAACGAUUCGAACGAAUCUAACUCUGAUUCAGAAGAAAACUUCCCCUUUCAAAAUUCAGAUAACGAUAAUGAGAACGACAAUUCAAGCGAAAAUGACACCAAAAUACCGUCGAGUUUCUCCAUACAUAACCUAUCGAAACCACACGUCUCAGACUUCCAAAACCCUCAAUUUUCUCAAGGUCAAGUCUCGGAAAUGCAAGAAUACGCCAUGAACACCAUGAGGGAACUUUUGGGAAUCUAUGGUCUAACUUCGGAAGUUGCUGAAAGCAUCUCCAGGCAACUUCCGUUCGCAGCUUUCAAUUCCGGUAAAAUGUUGGAAAAUUUGACUCUCAACGCGCAGGGACAGGCGAAAAAUUCGUCCCCACUCUCUCAGCCCCCCACCCCACCUUCGACGCCUCUGAGUCCUAAAAUAGGGGAUUUGAGUAAAAAUCAACAAGUCGCCUUUUUACGGGCGACGAUGCAACAUCAGAACCUGCUGAGCCAGCAGCACAUACAGAGCCAACAGAAUUUGCACCACCAGCAGCAGCAACAGCAACAGAAAAGUUUGAAUUUGUCGAAAAAAGCAACAACAAACACGAAUAAUUUGAAUCUUAGCUCGGAUUUUCCCUACUCCUCCUUGGAACUGGAAGCCAUCAGGAACAAAGUGUGCGAAGACAGGUUGGCAGAAAAAAAUACUAGGGGAAUUUUUCCAAACAUGCCUCCCUUCUCCCAAAUUACAAAGACUGAAUCCAACAGCCCCCCUCCCAUGGAGAAUCACCCCCUAAGUGCAAUGAUGGCCCAAUCGAUGGGACAGUCGAUUCAACGUGAAGCCAUGUCGAGCAACAUGUUAAUACAAAAAUCCACAACGCAGCUCGAUUACUCGAAGUACGUGAAAAAGUUCAGUUCGUCUUUGGAGUGCGGUAGCUCUUACUGUAAGGAUUUGAACUACCGGGAACAUUUCCACUGCCUUGACUGCAACUCAAGAGUUUUCAUCAAGAAGGAGGAAAUGAUCAGGCAUUUCAAGUGGCAUAAGAAGAGAGACGAAAGUUUGCAGCACGGUUUUAUGAGGUACAGUCCCCUGGACGACUGUUCGGACAGGUUUCACAACUGUACCCAUAACAAAAAACAAACCCAUUACCAUUGUAUCAAGGAGGGGUGCGAUAAGGUGUACAUUUCGACGUCUGACGUGCAAAUGCACGCCAACUACCACAGAAAAGAUUCCGCCAUCAUCCAAGAAGGCUUCCAGCGAUUCAGGGCUACAGAAGAGUGCGGAGCGAGUUACUGCGCCUUCUUCGGGCAACGUACCACGCACUUCCACUGCAGAAGGCAAGGGUGCAGGUUCACGUUCAAAAAUAAAAGCGACAUGGAGAAGCACAAGUCGUACCACAUCAAGGACGAGCAACUGUCGAGAGACGGCUUCAAGAAGUUCAUGAAGAACGAAGUGUGCCCCUUCGAAAACUGCCGGUUCUCGAAAGUCUGCAACCACAUCCACUGCAUUAGACCGCAGUGCAACUACGUCUUGCACAGCUCGGGCCAACUAUUCUCGCACAAGAGAAAACACGAACGCAAAGAUUCCGAGUUGGCUUACAGAAAGUACAAGCUAGCUCAAUCCAUGAUGAAAACCUUAUCGGACGGCUCAGUACCUAUGCCUCCGUUCAUACGCGACUUCGAAAACCCACCGGAAGGUUUGAACCUAUCCAUGUUCAACCAAUCGAUGAUGUCCAACGUCUCCAACACGGAAAGUAACUCGGAAAGAAACUCCCCAGUCAGUUUCGAAGAGUCAGAUACGGCCAUCGAUUUAAGCGCCAACGAAAGCAACUCCUACGCCCCGGACGAGAUGAACUGGAACAACGAAGAUUUUUGGAAGAAGUACUGUCAGUUCGUACCGCAACAAGAGCAGUGCAUGGACAAAUGUGAAUACCAGAAUCAAGACCACUACCACUGUUUUGUAGAAAACUGCGAGAUGGCCUUCAGCUCAAAGGACGGCGUAAGAGAGCAUGCCCGCAAUCACGAGCAACAAGAACAAGUAACAGACACCUACUUUACCACGGUGACCGUGCAAAAUGGCGGAUGCGACGAGUCAUGCAUCUAUCAGGACAAAGAGAAACACUAUCACUGCAACUGGGAAAACUGCAGGGAAGUGAUACUACCUUCGGACAAGCCUUUCAGGCGUCUAGAACACUACAAAAUGCACGAGUACUCGAGGAAAUUGAGUUUGACCAAGGAUCCCUUGACUAUGACGCACCUAGCGACAUCUAUCGACGGUAUGUUCUGCAGAAAACGCGGCAGACCACCGAAAAACCGCGUCAUCGAAGUUUGGAACGAUUAUUCCCCAGUUGGUAACCAAGGCCUCAUGGAUUCCCCGCAAGCGAUUUUCACCAGUUUUAAACUACCCAAACCGUCGGCGACGCCAUCUAGCAGCCGGGAGUUGGAACUAAACGACUCUAACGACGAUAGGAGUAGCACUCACAGCCCUAACAUGCAAGACUAUAGCUUGCAAGGUUUUGAUGUUUUUGUAGAAAAUACAAAGUGUCCCGAUAAUUUGUGUCCGUAUUUGGGUUCAGUGCAUUUUCAUUGCAAUCAAAAUAGAUGCCUCUAUGUAACGGACCAGGAAGAUGUCCUGAUAAUGCACUCCAAAGACUUUCACGAUAACAUUGAAAUUUUGGACGGGUUUGAGUUCUAUGACAGAGACGUUGACUGCAGGUUGCUAAAUUGUCCAAGCAAUAAAACAAACAGGCAUUUUCACUGCACUAAACCCAACUGCAGAUACUCCUUUGUGCAGUAUAGUACAAUGGCUAUCCACCAACAGAAGCAUGCUGAAGAAAUGCCACAACAAACUAUGGGUGAAAUCAGGGUUAAAACUGAAACCCAACUAAACGAAGAAAAAGUUGAGGAGCCUCAAUUUAAAGCUAUAAAUUUGAGCCAAAAUGACAACAAAAUAUCCGAACCCAGCGCUUUAGUGUCCACGGAAAUGAGCACAAAUUCGUCUAGCACUUUAUACGGGCCCGAACUGAGCUGUUCGAGACCUUUCUGCAAACUUAAGAGGAAGUAUCACUACCAUUGCAAUCUAUGCAAUCAGGCGUUCUCGGAGAUAGAUAGACUUGUGGUGCAUGUAGCCAAACAUAGCACUGGAUCUCUAAGUGCUCAGGUUCAAGAAGAUAACAAUAAUGAUAACAAUAAGGUUGGGGUGAAAAAUGAAGGCAAAAUACAGGUGGCACCACUGCAGAGUUUGCAGAACCCACCCACAACCAUCCAAGCCCCAAAAGAGGAAACCUACGUUACCCCGACAUUUGACGCGUAUAGUCACUUUAGUAACUUUCCGACGAACUUGCAAUUCGCGUUGAUGUCCCAGCAAAAUAUGCAGAACAUGCAGUACGGGUUGUACAACAACGCGGCGUUGCCGAGUCAGCUGAUGUUUCAACACCAACUGCUGCAGAGCCCGUUGAUGCCGCAGGGGAAUUACCCGGGGGAGAACCUCACCAACCCGUUGGCGCAAAUGGCGGCCAACCUCAACAAACGCAGCAUGUCGCCGCACGAGAUGACGCCCGAGGCAAAAAAGGCGCGCAUACAGAACUCCAUGCGGAUCUUGAAGGACGAACCCGUGCCUGAGGGGUACCUCAGGUUCAGGUUCAACGAGGACUGUCACUACCAGCACUGCGGGUACAGGGAGCACCAAACUCACUUCCACUGUCAAAGGCAAGACUGCGGGUACAGUUUUUGCGACAAGACGCGCUUCGUGCAGCACACUGCGAGGCACGAACGUUUGGACACCCUGAUGGGCGGGGAUUUUCAACAGUACCGCGCCAACGUCGCCUGUGGCAGACCUGACUGCGCGUACACCGCCAACUUAGGCAACACUCAGAACAAAGCUUCGCACUUCCACUGCCUGAAGUGCGACUUCGUGUGCACCGACACGAACAAAGUCGUGGCGCAUCGCAGGCAGCACCAAAAGCUGGACUCGAUCCAGGCGGCCGGUUUCGAGAAGUUCACGCCCAGUCAGCAGUGCCGAGUGCAGAACUGCCAGCACAGCGGCAAGCAGACGCACUACCACUGCCUGCAGUGCCAGUACGCGGUGCUGGGACUGGCUCAGAUGAGCGCGCACAAGUAUCGGCACAUGGAGGGCUGAAUUCGAACGAGAAUGUAAAUACAAUGUAAAUAAUACGUGUAAAUCUGUAAAUAAUCGUAAUUUAAGAAGAUAUUACCUCAAAAAUAUCAAAUAUAUCGGAGGAUAAAUAAUUUAUGCGACUGAAACUGAAAGUUGUUGAAUUACAGUUUAGAAGAAAAUUUACGUUUAUGUGAUAGUAAUCGUGUAAAAAAUAAUAAUCAUUGACAUAUUUAGUAUUACUAGGGAACAAAUAUUAGUGAACAAUAAAAGACAUAGAUUUAAAGGCCUUUUUUUAUAGAAUUAGUGCCUUAGAGACAUUAAGUGCCUUUUGGUACACUUUUUACACUAGCAAGUCGAUUUGCACAAAAAAGGAAUAAACCACACGAAAUUACAAAAAAAAAGCCAGGGGAAUUAUUUCCACCAGGGGAAUUACACUCGCCACGGGAAUGAUUUAUAAUUCCCCUGGCGACUUUAAAAAAUGUUUGGGUUGUUUAUUCCCACACGCAGGUUGUUUUGACACGCCCUGUGCAAAUUGACAGUUCUUUUCAUUCCAAAAGUGCCAUAUAAUAUACAGAGUAGUUUUUUGCAGAAAAUAUAUACAUAGCGUAGUUCUAGCGGAAUAGUUUUAGCGUCAUUUUUUCCCCUCUACUUUAUUUAUAUUACUCCUUACGUCAUGCUCAACUGUACUAUUAUUUAUUUGACAUUUUUCAGUGAAUUUAUAUGCCAUAUAAUUUUAUUUUAAAAAACGACAGUCAAAACUGUCUUUUUUCUUUUAUUAUUUAGCUAGUCUUCUCAUCGUACGAAAAAUCGCUUUAUAUCUUUAUUGUUUUUUUUUCCUUUUUUAAAAAUAUAUCGAAAAAAUGUAUACGUUAUUAUCAUCAUAAAAAUGAUUUAAAAAUGUAUUUUUUAGUUUUAGUGUCAUUUUAGUUUAUAGUUUUUUAAAGUAUGUCUGUUUUUGUGAUUGUGAAGAUUUUUUUCUAAGAAAAUAUCAG